UGACCCCUUUCGGUUGUAAGGCUACACUAUGUAAAACCGUUCGAAUCAACCGCUCUACCAUAGCGUAGUAUCAUCGGAUUUUUUGCGUUGUCUUAGGGUCCGGUUGUCUCCUCUCGCGUUGUUUUAUCAUUUAAUUGGCACCAAUGAGAGGCAGGAAGUUUGUGGUGUUUAUAUGCGUUUGCAUUUGUGCACAUUUAUGUGAAAGUGCCAGAGGUGGAGGACGAGGAAAACUAACUAGAGGAAGAGGACGAAUAUACAGUUCCAGCGUUCCAGUCAUCAUACAGCACAGAAACCCAGCUGCCAAAAACUACUACGAGAAUAAAGAUGGUGCAAAAAUUGUCAAAGCCAGUCACUUUGAGUUGGAUUACAUGCUGGGAAGGAAGAUUACGUUCUUCUGUAUGGCUACAGGUUAUCCACGACCAGAGAUAACAUGGUUUAAGGACGGCAUAGAACUUUUGUAUCACAAAUUUUUUCAAGUACACGAAUGGUCCAUAGGUAAUGAUACGGUAAAAAGUAAGAUGGAGAUAGAUCCCACAACACAGAAGGAUGCUGGAUAUUACGAAUGCCAAGCGAACAACAAGUAUUCCAUAGAUUCGAGAGGAUUCAGAACGGAUUUCGUUAUGAUCACUUAUUAAGUAGAUUUAUGUUGUUUUUUUUACAAAAUUUUCGUUAAGGUGUUUAAUAAUCUAAUGUUUGUAUUUGUUUAGUCUGUAAUAUAGUUUUUAAGACA